CUCAGGUGUAAGUGUUUGAGGUGUGAUUGGUUAAUUAGGAAUGGGCUGACAUGUUUAUUGCUCUAAGAUGGGGGCUUGUGAUGGCUCUAAAUAAUACGACCAGGAUCUGUUCUUUAAAGUGCUUCUGAGUAAGUUCUCUUGGAUAUUGUUAACAAAGUAAAACAAAGUUCUCUUUAUACAUGCUAUAAGAAAACAAAAAGAAGCAAUGGAAACAUCCUCCUUAAGCAGCAAGAAAUGUUUUGUGAACAGCCACAUGUGUAAAAAGCAUCUUAUUUAAAAAAUGAGUAAAUGUAUUCAGGUUGAUAUGGACUUGGAAGAAGAAACCAUAAGUGGUAAGGGAAUCUCUCCAGAUCUGCUUGGCUCAUUGGAAACCAAGAUAACACCCUCAAUGGGACCUCCAAGAAGCUCUGAGAACUUGCAGCCUUGCCAGCUUCUAACCGCUCCAGCCAUGCUAAGAGAGCUCCCAUCUCUGCCUACACGGCUGCUUCUGCCUUCCCUUUCUCAUCCUGAGAAAGUUAUACCUCCACCUCCUCCACCACCUCUGAUGUCUGGCAUGAGGGUUGCAUCUUUGUGCAGUCAGCUGCCAUCCACCAGUAGUGAAAGUCUAGUCUGUGGUUCAGGAACAACACCUUGCCCCAAGAAGGCUCAGCGGCCCAUGGUGCGAAUGAAACAGUUCAACUGGCAAAAGCUUCCCUUGGAUGCAGUGAAAAGUGGCCAUUCUCUCUGGGCUUCAGUAGUGAGGGGAAGUGAUGAAGCUAUAGAGCCUGAUUAUACUAGCAUAGAACAACUUUUCUGUAUCCCACAAACAAGUCAGCAGGAAAAAACAGAACUCAGAUUAAAGAAGCCCAAAGAGAUUUCCUUCGUAGAUCAAAUGAAAAGUCUUCAUCUGAACAUAGUACUAAAGCAAUUUAAAUGCUCAAACCAGCAAAUAGCUGAAGUGAUUCAGAAAGGAGACAGGACCAAGUUCGAUGUUGAGGCCCUGAAACACCUCAUGAAGCUACUGCCUGAAAACCAUGAGAUAGAGAGCCUGAAAACAUUCAGAGGUGAAAAAGCCAAGCUAGGAAACGUGGAUCAGUUUUAUCUAUGCCUCCUUGAAGUUCCUAGCUACCAUUUGAGGAUAGAAGGCAUGCUGAUAUGUGCAGAGGUGAAUGUUAUGCUGGAUCUGCUUUGGCCCAAAGCAAAAUUGGUCAGAGUAGCCAUUGAAACAAUUCUUACAAAUCGGCGGCUGCCAGUGUUCUGUCAGCUGAUUCUGAAAGUUGGAAACUUCUUAAAUUACGGGCGUCACAGUGGGAAUGCUAGAGGCUUCAAAAUUAGCACUUUGCUCAAACUAACAGAGACGAGAGCAAAUCAAAACCGUAUUACUCUGCUCCAUCACAUCCUAGAGGAGGUUGAAAAAAAACACAGAGACCUUUUGUAUCUUCCUCACGACCUGGAGUGUGUUUCAAAGGCAGCUGGAAUCAAUUUUAAAGAGAUGCAGGUGGAAGUAGAUGGCCUGUUAAAGAAAUUAUUGGAAAUAGAGAAAAAAAUAUCUUCAUCAAAGGAUGAUGUUAAAGUCCAGUUUGGAAAAUCUAUUAAAGACAGCAUAAAUGCUUCCAAGGAACUGGGUGUGGAAAUGAAUGCCCUUGUGGAAAAGAAAGUUGAGCUUGCUGAUUACCUCUGUGAAGAUCGAAAUACACACUCAUUAGAUGAUCUCUUUAACACAAUGAAAGCCUUCAGGGAUCUCUUCAUCAAUGCACUCAAGGAAAAUCGAGACAGAAGGGAACAAGCGGUAAAGGCAGAAAAGAGGAAGAAAUUGCUGGAAGAUCAAGGAGAAGCUAAACGCUGGAAGCAUUGUUAGAGCUUGAAAGUGAGCUGCAACACAGGAAGCCAGCAUCUUUGAUGCUUUGCUGGAGAAAGGCUUUCAUUAAGGAAAACUAGUCAGGACAACAUCUGUGUAAGAAACUGUAUGCAAAAGCUUUCUUACAAAAUUCAUCAGAGGUGGGAUGAACCUGCUUUCUGUUCAGAGCUUUAAAUUUAAACUUAAUAUUUAUAUGGUAAAAGAGGUUUGUUGAUCACUGUUGAAUUCUUCCAACUUUUAUUUGUCUUUCUUUACCUUAAGAAAGCAGUUUGCUUUCUUAAAUGGAAAUAUUCUAUUUCCAAAAAGUUAUUCUCCCCAAUUUUUCAAGUGAGAAAGUUGAGGUAAUUUGUUUUAAAGAGGAUCAUGAUGCGAUGGAUGCUUGUGUAGAUUUCUGUGCUUUACCUGUUAUUUAUUUAUUAUUUCCAUUAUGUCAGCUUUGGCAAGAACAAUGCAUUUAUUAAUGACUAAAGUAAACAACCUUAGGAAGAAAAUAUAAAACCGUACUACAACUUAUUUUAGAGAUUUUGCUAUGAAUAGCCUGUAUAUUGUACACAGAGGAAAAUUGAUGAAGCUAGUUAGUACAGAGAUUCCACUUACUGUUAAGGCCUAAAUUGCAUGGACAUUGAUUUAAAGUGGUACACAACAUAGAGGUGAUAUUAGGGCCAAACUUCCAGUCUUUCCUUCAUAACAUUUCAGUUAGCCAAUUUAAUGAGUAGAACAUUUGAUCUUUGAAAUUAUACAGUGAAACAGAACAAUGUCAAUGUGAUUUUAAAAUGACAAAUCUCUUAGCAACCACCUUUAAGAUUAGGUUUGGCAAUUCCACUUAACUACAAUUACUAAAAUGUCUGUGAUAAAUAAUAAAAAAAGAUAUUCUCUUCAGGGCCAUGAUCCAAUGUAGAGCAAUGUGAUAGAUUGAAGUGGUGGCAGAUUCAGAAGAUGCAACCCUAGUAGGCCUAAAAAAUAACUGAAAACAAGAUGGAAGUUACUAUAAAAAAAUGUGUAGUUCCUCCCUUGUUUUCUUCUGGUAGGACCCCCUGCCCCCGACCAAGGGUUUCAAGAAGAUCACCAGCUUACCAUUGAAAAUAUAAUGUUGGCUUAAGUAGCUCAAUGCCGGAAUAAUUGCCAAAAUUUACUUUUGUCAGUGUUUGUGUGUUGUUUUUUAAACUUGAAUGUAAUUAAUGGAAUUUAAAAAAUGCUUAAAUUGCACUGUAUUCUUUAUUAAUGCGUUGUCGUGUUCACUACAUUGCUCUUUUGUAAACACUUUGCAAUGUUAAACCGAUGUUUCAAUUUGUGACCUGAAUCAGAAUAAUUGUUUCACUACCA